CACACGUGUGUUUCAUUCUCAACAUAUUUAACGCAUUUUAUUUUUCUUCUUGACACUGCGAAUACUUUAAAUAAUUUUAUUACAUUUUGUAGAAUAUAUAUUGCUAAAAUAUAGAAAAUGGUUAUCGUGGAGAAAAGCUUUCCGCGUGGCGGAAUCACACCAAAAGAAAGUAAGCCAGAGGAAGUAAAGGAAAAUAUUAUUUUUGGAGCGCUACAAACGAAAAUCAAAAAGCCGAAGAAAAAACCUAAAGAUGAUGAGUUCAUUGCUGGCACAGAAGAAGAAAAUGAACAAAUUCAGUCGGUGUCCGCUGAGCUGCUCAAUUACGAUACUAUACAGGAUGGCAUGACCAUAAUGGGUGUAGUAAAAGCUAUAGAUCAGCUUUAUCUGAGUAUUUCACUACCCGGACGUAUGACGGCACGUGUGUCAGCUUUGGAAAUAUCGGACUCUUACACAAAAGCAACCAGAGAAUUUCUGGAGCAAAGUGAUAGUAGUAACAAUUUCAAGCCACUGAGCGAGCUGUAUCAUAUCGGACAGAUUGUUUAUGGACGCGUACAAGAGGUAAAACAAAAUGAACAUGGACGCAUGCAAAUUUUGAUGUCUUUGCGACCGAAUGAGGUGCACUCGGAACUAUCGCAUACCAAUGUGAAGAAAGGUUUUGUGUUUAAUGGUGCAAUAGAAGAAGUACAAGAACACGGUUAUAUUAUCGAAACGGGUAUUAAAGGUCUACGCACAUUUUUGCCAUUAGAAAAAGCACAGCCCAAUCACGUUGCUGGUGAGCUAAUUUUUCUCAAAGUAGAUAAAAUUACAGCUGACAAGGCAGUUAGUACUUGUAUAUGCAAGGAAAUCAAAACUGAGAAUAUGAAAAUAAAAAAUCAAACGGAACCGAAUAUAGAUUACAUUUUGCCCGGUACUAUUGUACAAUUUUCGGUAACAAAACAACUUAAGGAUGGCCUGCAAGGCACAAUAAUGAAUGAAGCAUUAUCAGCAUAUGUAAACGAACAUCAAUUGGCCGAAGCAUUAGCGCUGCCAGAAGACUAUGAAAUCAAUUCAACAUUAAAUGCGCGUAUUCUGUACGUUAUGCCGCUGACUAAACUUGUAUAUUUGACAUUAAACUUACGCACAAACGCCAUUGAGCAACCUGUAGAGCAACAAUAUAAGCGAGGCGAAAUUAUUGAAUCAGCGAAAGUGCAUCAUCUUGGCACCGGUGGUGUUAUUUUGGUGCUGGAUAAUAAAUUUAAAGGCGUUUUAUCAUAUAAAUCAAUCAAAGCGAACUUCAAAGGCAACUAUGAUCAAGAUGAAGUUUUGGUGAAGUACGCCAAGAAAACAAAGCAUAAGGUGCGUGUGCUUGACUAUGAUCCCAUGGAUUCGCUUUAUAUAUGUACAGAUGAUGCAAAUACAGUCAACGAAAAAAUAUUCGGUUUGGAUGAUUUGAAACCGGGUGAAUUUGUGACAGCCAUGGUGAAGGAACGUGAUGCAAAAGUUGGUGGUUAUACGAUGCAAGUGGGCAGAGUUAAGGGUAUUAUUGAAAGAUUGUAUCUGGCGCCUGUACCAAAAACACUGGAGGUAAACGCUAAAGUACGCUGCCGUAUCCUGGCUGUGAAUGCAGAACGUCGUACAGUGUAUCUGACGAAUCGUCCCGAAUAUUUAGCGAAACACUGUAAGGUACUGAGCACACUGGCAAAUGUACGUCAAAACGCCACUUAUAUGGGUACCAUAGUCAAAUGUAACGAGGAAUAUCUGCUAGUGAAAUUCUUCAACAAUAUCAAAGGCAUGCUAUAUAAGCAACGUUUGAAUUCAGUGCUGGGUAGCGAAAUGUAUACAUUCUAUGAGGGCCAGACAAUGGCCUUUCGCAUACUAUCAAGGAAUGGCGAACAAAUUACGCUAACGCUAGCUGAUGACACUUUCGGUUUGGGUGAAAUAUGUCCAAUUACAGUUUUGCACACAUUGGAAUCGGGUUUGGAAAUAAAAAUCGCAUACCAUCCGGAAGGUGACUACGAAUUCGAUGAAGACGAUCCCGAAGCAAAUGCAAUCGAAGUGAAAGGUCUGGUGCCAUUACGUUUACUCUCAGACUAUCCGGAUUUGGUUUAUGCCAAAUUACGCACCUACACACCUGAUACCGAAACGCAGGCCGUUUGUAUUGUGAAGAAUAUAUUCAGUAUGCGUGACGUAUCAUAUUUCUUAACACAUUUAACCAACAAUUGGCAAAACAUAAAACAAGGAGAUAUUCUGAAGGCACAUGUGAAGAAUGUGCAUGAAGAUAUUGUGGAAUUGUUCGUACCCAUACGAAAUUAUGGCAAAUUGGUGAAAGUGCAUUUAAAGAUGUUGCUCGUAAAUGCGCAUAAAAAUGCAAAUGUGCAACUUACGCCCGAGCAAGUGGUUUAUGUGAAAGUGCUGGGUAAAGAACCGGCUACGAGAACCAUAUCAGUAACAGCUAAAUUAACCGACGUAUGGGAUGGCGAGCUGAGCAGCACCGCACAUUAUCUGGAAGAAUAUCUAAAUGAAGUAACGGAGGUGCGAAAAACGCAUAAAAAGUUGGGACUCAAAAUAGCGCAACACAAAGUCGGCGACAAAGUUUCCGCUUGUUUCCUUGGCAUAAAUGCCGAUACUAAUGAUUGGCAGUAUGAGGUGGAGAAAACAAAAGUCUUGGCCGUCGUAAAAUCGACACUGGUCGGUAAAACGAAACCACCCAAAGUGGGUGCUAAACAAGAGUGCCUGGUGCUGUGGGUAGACUAUUCAAAUGAAUUGGUGUACAUCAGCAAUAAGCAAGUUGAUGUGGCACAUGUCAGCCAAGAGAAGCAUCUACCAAGCAAUUUAGUAGACAAAUCAGGCAUUAAUGCCAAGGUUUUGCUGAAAACCGAACAACUCUACGUGUGCUCUUUAAAGAAAGGACCCAAUCCACUCAUAUAUUGUCCAUUACGUUUACAUUUCAAUGACUUUGAAAAUUCUGCUUGCGCUAGUUUAAAGGAGGGUGAUUUCUGCAAAGUUGCUUUUAUACAUGAGAAGAUACCCAUUGCUGUGCCGGAUAACACCUGGAAGCUGUGGCACGAUAUCAAGAAAAAACGUAAAACAAAUGUUGUUCUAGAAAAUGAACCGAAGGUGAAGAAAGCGAAAAUUGUUGCCGCCAACGAAACGGCAACAACCACCAAUGAAGUAAAGAUUUCUGAAAAGCCCACAAAAAAACAAAAGCAACAAACAGUGCCAGACGAAAGCGACGCGCCGUCCAAAAAGAAGAAGAAGAAGCAAGCUAAAACCGAUGAUAUACUCUUUUACGAAGACAAAACACCGAAUCAGAUAGUUAUCGUUGAAAAUAACGCAGACUCGGAUGAAGAAGAAACACUGCCGAACACUGUGGAAACCAAGCCUGCACCAAAUUUAUUACCCGGUAUUGGUGGUUUCUGGAAUGCAGAUCUUUCCCGUUUGAACAAUGACAAUAAAGCAUCCAGUGAUGAAGACGAAACGGACAAUGAAGAUGCCGCCGCACAAGCAGGACAAAAGAAGAAAAAACUAACUGCCGCUGAGAAAUUUAAAUUGCAACGUGAAGAAGAAACACGUUUGCGUGAAAUCGAAGCAAAAUAUGCCGAUCCAAAUCAUCUGCCCGAGAGUAUUGAUCAAUUCGAUCGUUUGGUGCUCUCCGAACCGAACAACAGUAAACACUGGAUCAACUAUAUGGUCUAUCAUUUGCAAUCGGCGGAGAUUGAGAAAGCUCGCGCAGUUGCACGUCGUGCCAUCAAAGCCAUCUCAUAUCGUGAAAAUAAUGAACAGCUUAAUAUUUGGGUGGCCUUGUUAAAUUUAGAGCUGCGCUAUGGUAAUAAAGAAGCUUUCGAUGAGGUGCUCAAAGAAGCUAUCACCUACAAUGAUCCACUCAAAGUUUAUCUGCGCACUUUGGAAAUACUUAGUGAUGCUAAGAAAACUCAGGAACUUAUUGAAAUGAUCACCUUGGUAACAAAGAAGUUCAAGGCACAACCGGAGAUAUGGCGGGCGACAGCAAAUGCAUAUUUCAGCAUCGAGAUGCACGAACGGGCGCAGCAAUUGUUGCACAAGGCGCUUGCUUGUUUGCCCGAAAGAGAGCACGUCAACACCAUCGUUGCUUUCGGCAAUUUAAAUCACAAGUAUGGCAAUAAUGAAAUGGCCCAAACACUGCUCGAUCAGGUGGUCACCUCAUAUCCGAAGCGUGUCGAUGUAUGGGCCCAGUAUAUUGAUAUGUUGGUGAAAUCGGAAAUGAUCGAUUCUGCGCGAAGCGUUUUGGAGCGCGCCAUCAUACAAAAGAUACCGAUGAAGAAAAUGCGCACAAUUUUCAAGAAAUAUUUGGAAUUCGAAGAACGUUUCGGCACACCAGCAGAUGUGGAGAAGGUGAAGAAAUUGGCUAAAGAAUAUGUAAAACGCAAUGCGCAACUAUAAACUUUCUUUAUUCACAUGUGAAUAUAUGUAUAAUUUAGUAAAUUACAGUUAAGUAUAAUUAAAAUAAAGAAAUAUUAAUAUGUUAAACGCUUUACUUUAAAACUCAAAUAACUGUGCAACGAACCUUGGUAAUAACGGAACCUGUGCUAUAUCUAGGCUAUUGGUAUAUAAACGAGUUAACUUUACUCGAGUAUAGACAUAAAAUACUCAUUAUCAUUUGGUUAAGAAUAUUAAAUAUCAUUAAAAGCACGUAGAAAUCUCAUCGUUAACCCUUGUGUGCAUACUUUUAAGUAAUGUCCUGUCAUAUUUUUCGAACUGUUCUUUAAUGGUCUGUAGAUACUUUGUGAGUACAGGCUGCGGUCCGAUCGUUGUUGUUGUUAUAACAAUUACACAGCUCUGCUGAACCGGAAAAUAUAAGUCUAGUUGUCGUCGAGGUCAUCUAACGGUAGGCAAACAAGCUGUUUCGACAGGAUCGGACCUUAGUGAAAAGCGUGUUAGACGCGUCGGGUUGGUUGGGCAUGCCAAGAAGUGAUUAGUAUCAUGCGGGGACUCGUUGCUUGCAGGACAUAUAAUAUAUUCUGUACGUUAGGGUUCAGUCUGGAUAAGUAGGAGUUUAACCUGCUACAAUAUCCAGAACUCUAAUUUCACGUAACAACUCGAGCUCGGAGAGAAAUUCAUGAUUCUCUUUUACAGGUAGUAUAACGGUCUAGUUGUGUAAAUUUGGUUCAGGAGACAUCAAGAGGCAUCCUGUGACUGUCCGUAGUUCGAUAUUCUGACACGUCUGUAUCUUCCUACCGAUGCUGCGUAAUUGACAACUGGCCGGCAGAGCGCCUUGUUAGUGGCCAGCAACGUUUCUGUCUUUUCCCCCCGCUUCCGGCUAACAACUUGAGGAUCUUCUUGCAGCUCUUUACUUUAGUCAUUAACGUGGAGAGCACACCGUCCUGCGGAGCUCCCUGUUUAAAUUUCCUUAACUUUGAUGUUUUACCUCGAAAUAAUACGAAUGAUUGCCAACCGCUCAUGGUCCAUCAUCAUGUCUUCUAUCAACGUUGUAAGUUUGAUCGUGUCAAAAUCUUUUAACUGGUACAACGCUACCGGACGGUUCUUUUUCAGGAUGGAUUCAGAUUAAGGCCGCAAACUAUCCGAUCGUUUAUGACGUUAAUUGCUGUGGUGUUACUGUUCACUUUACGGAUGUUCCGCUAGGUACCAACUGCAGUACGUGAAUGUCGGGAGUAGCAAGCCCUCAAUUGUCUUCACUACCGGGGAAAAGAGAGUUAUCGGGCGAUAAGAUUUCCCUUGAUUGGCGGGUUUCCCAGGUUUCAGUAGUGGAACCACUCUUCCGAUCUUCCACAUUUCGAGUAGAUCCGAUCGUCUUAGUUGUCGGACAUUCCUUAACCCUUCAUACUUUUUAACAGCGAUCUAUGCUUACCACUUAUAAAACUGUUCAUAUAUCCGUUAAGGAUAAUAAUAACACAAUUCGUUUUUGAAAUUUCUAUUUUGUAUUUGGUCUUAUCUGUCCUAAGUGUAGUAGUAAUUAUAAUUUUACAUUGAAAUAAGUUAUGACUGUGUGUAGUCAGAUGGGAACAAUAAAAUGAUGUAUGGUGAUGAUGAGAGGCAAUACCGAUGGAUAGGCCGCAAUACAUGGUAUGAAAUGAAGGUAUACUAUGAGUAUAAUGUAGAUGUAUAUUGCAUGUAUGUAUGUAUGUGCAUGUGUGUCCUCAUA